UUCACUCGCACAAACACGAAAUUUGUGUUCUUGCUAAAUUACAUUGAUUCAUUGAAUUAAUCUACUCAAAUUCCAGUUGUUCACCAAACACAGCAUUGCUCCAAUCAGUAGAAGUAGUGAUCGCCUGUUGGCAUCUCGUUUUCAUCAACUGGAUCAGCAGAAUUAGUGGCUGAUUUUGCGAGCCAAGCGUGCGAAAGAGUCAUGGCGUCGAUGCGCGUUCCUGUGUUGUUUAGUGUUCAGUUUUUAAAGCGCUCGUAACCUUUUUGUGAGGUUUAAACAAAAAGUUUGCAUGGUCCGGUGGCAAUUUGAUUGCGAUCAAUUCGAAGGCAAAUAACGCCACUGGCAAGUAAACGAAGCAUCGUCGCCACUGGAAAAAAGCGAUACAGAGCACUUGGGUGCGAUACAAUUCCUGCUGGGCGUCAUCACCUCAUUGUUUAUGUGAAAAAUAGUUUGUAGAACCAGUGCAUGUGCCGUUUGCGCGCAUGUUAGACAUACGCCGCUACCUUUGGCAGUGCCGAAGGCAUCGCUAUUUCUGAUAUUUUUACGGCAAUUUUAUAAGUGAAGAAACACAUGGCGUUAAAUUUGUGGUACUCGAUUAUCUAGCGUAUAUACCGCUGUAGCAUAAUGUCAAGCUCAGUGUUCAAAGUGUACUCUGCCACCAGCCGGGAUGGGCUGGAAGGUGACGCCGGCUCUAGUGGCGCUAAAGAAUCCGAUCUCAACGCUAGUGCGGUGCACGAAGAGCUAAAGAUCGAUUCUAAUUUGGUAAUAUUAGUCAACAAAGAUGGAACAGUGUCGGUCGAUCAAAAUACGCUCCAGAGCUUGCUAGCAAAUGAAACUACAGACACGUCCGUCAGUGUGGUGCGAAUAACUUCUCCAACGCCCAGCAUCGAGAAUGAGAUCGAAGAAGACCAGCGAAGGUUGAAGGAAGCGAAGCAACAAAUGGAUGCGGAUGCGGGUGGUAGUGGUGGCGCCGGGAGCUCGAACGAGGACUCCUCCGAGGAGAGCAGCUCCGUGGCGGGUACAAGCUCCGGAGCUUCCAGCGUAACUGGCGUGGCGACUCGCCAAACUCGAACAGCGGCCCCAAGGAAAGGGGGAGGUACCGUACUGACUAUGGAAGACAGCGAUGAUCCGAAGCAUGUCAGCCUGACCGUGGAAGCGUACUAUCCACCGGAGGAAGCGUCCCAUUUUGCCGCACAAGUUCUUAGUCUCACCGGGUACCAGCAUCCGCUUCGGAAGGAAACCGUGGAUAUCGACUACCUAAAGCACAUCGUUAUGAACGAUCAUUGCUACACGCCGCUGACGUCGCCAACACAAAAACUGCCGCCACGGUUACCGUUCGAUUCGUCCGAGGUCGACUCGUCCGAGGAAUCGUCUUCUGCCACGGUUCCGUCAAGGCCGAAAGUGAUCACGCUCUCUCACCCCAGUUCGAAAAUCGCUAACCGGCGGAAAUCGCUCGGGCUUAAGGGCAACAGAGCUGGUGUCCCGGUUCAGGUGGUGCGAAACGUAACCGGUGCCGAGGGUACGAAGUCUCGAAAGAUUUUGGCCAUUCCAGUACCGGCAGUACGACAGGAACAACAACAGAAGCCGAAAGUAAACCGACCUAUACGCUCGACCGCCCCAACGGAUUCACUCGAAAUGGACGACGUGGACGAGGAUGAAGAAGACGACGAGGUGGACUUUGACUAUUCGGAGGAGGACGAAAGUUCCUACUCGGAAGAGGACGACGAUGAGAUGGAUGCCGAUUUCAGUGUCAGUGGAAAACCAUCGCCCAGAAAGCGAAAGCCAACAAUCAAGAGCAAACCUUCCCCGAAGACUCCCUCGCGGGCCCAGUUCAGAAAGUUUGACAUGAAGGAACUCGUUGAAAAGGAAGCAGCAGCUAGGGAAGGUGGCAAACAUAAGGUGACAAAAGUUUACGGUAACAAAACUCUGGGUGGAAAAGGGUCAUGGCCACAGCAAAAUGUCGCUGGCAAGUUAUCCGGUCAAAUCCCGAAGUUUGUGAAAAAAGAUGGUCCUCGUGUUCACAUUGUUCACACUCCAACAUCGACCGGACCGUCGGUCACCACGCCACCGACUAGCAAACAUCAAAUGCAUGGCCUCCCGAAAACGCAACCGAAGACGGAACCAAAAUCGACUCCAGUGACUCCGACUACUCCGAGUGUAGUAACUCCCGUCGCUACGCCUGUCCCUAAGAAGGAAAAGAAACCCAAAUCUAAUGCACAUGAUACGGCGCUGCUGAACGAUAUGUCGGCGUUGUUCUCCACUCCGGACAUCAUCAAGAAGGUUAGCGCUAGUAAAGCGACGACACCAACGACACCUUCCCCUGGCACGGCAACGGUUCAUCCGCUGGCAUCCGUUACAGGUGGACCGCCGGCCAUGGCUAAACCGACCCUAGUGAGCACAUCGGUGAUGAAAUCGGUUGAACCGAAACCGACACCGGUUCCGGUGUCCCUUGCCCAAGCCGCCAUUCCUCCGCCAAGUCCCGCGGUCGAGCAACGAUUGGAUAUGAUCAAUGCAAUCGUACAGGAAGAAUUGCAUCAACCAAAGGUUGCCAUCCCGGUCCCCGGUGGAUCCACCGUACCACCCUCGCCGUCUCCCGUGGAAAUUCCGAACAUUGUCAAAAUGCUCGAAACAUCCUCCAGCAGCGUGGUCGAUGGCGGUGUUGGAGGAACACUGUUGAACACCGCCAUGCUUCCCGAGGUAAAACCGAUGGAACAAAUGGCACCCGCGCCCGUCGUGAACCUUCUGCCCGACGCUAGUAUUCUCGAGGCGCUGAAUAGCAACCACGAUGCACUGCCGGACGAGCUCCUCGAGCAUGUGGCGGAACUGGCAAAGAACAAGGAGCUGCAGGAAAUUCUCGACAAGCAGGUGCUGAGCGUUAUCGGUACCGACGGGCAUGGACUUCUCGGGCCAUCCUCGGUGCCGAUGGGUGGCGUACUGACCAACCUAAUACCGGAACAACCGGUGGUAAUGCCGCAACCGACGACGAGCAUGGUCACCACCUUCCCGCCAGUGGAGCAAAAUGUCCCGAUUCACAACGAACCAACCGAGCUAGGUGGGCAGCAAAUGUUGCAACCUCCUCCGGUGGUAGAUUCUCCAACACUGGCACCAACGGGCAAGGAUCAAACGGCGGCGGCGUCGGCGGCACGGAAGGAAGCGAUUCUGGUUCGACGCAGCGAUGGUCGGGUAAUAACAUUGCCACCGAUCGAAGCACCGGCCACGCGUUCCUCAAAGCGGCGCGCACAGGGUGGCACACCCACCGUAAACACUCCCUCGUCUUGUGCGUCACCGGCCGUUGUAACCGGGACCGAGUCAGCGUUGGAUUCUUCGUUCGUGCAAACACCGAAAUCCUCCCGGCAACCGAGGGGCAGCAUACACACCCCAUCCACCUCAAGACCGGCAACACCGGGACAAACAGUGGUGGACGAUGGUGGCACGCCCGGUACCGGCGACCUGGUCAUCGAUGAAACCAAGGGUAGAAGAAACACAAAGGUCCGCCAGUCGGUCGAUAGUCGCGUGAAGCGAGCGAGUAGCUCCAACGUGGCCAUCGCUGUGGAAGCCGCCCAAGACGACGAUCUCGAGUCGGAUGAAAGCUGGAACUCCGAAGACGACCCGGAUCGCCUGUGGUGUAUCUGCAGACAACCGCACAACAAUCGGUUCAUGAUUUGCUGUGACUCGUGCGAGGAUUGGUUCCAUGGCAAGUGCGUCAACAUUACGAAGGCGAUGGGUCAGCAAAUGGAACAGGACGGCAUCGAGUGGACGUGCCCGAAUUGCCUCAAGAAGAAACAGGAUCGUCAGCAACCAAAAAUGACCGAAUUCUUGGUGUCAAACAACGACAGCAGCAAGGGUGCUAAGGUACCGGCAAUUGCGAAACCUGCCCAGGGUACCAAAGCGGUCAUGACACCAGCCACCAGCGAGAAGGAAGCAAACUGUGUCGUGUGCAGCAAACCGGCCAAACCGAGCUCGAUCUAUUGCAGCGACGAUUGCAUUCGAAAACAUGCGUCGAGUACUGUGGCCAGCACGGCACAACCAGUUGCUAAGGUGGAAAAAACACGUGAACGACCACCGUCGACUACUCCAUCGGUUCCGAGUCCAACCGUUUCGAAAGAUACCAAUGUGGUUAUCGUAAUGGAACGGAAAUCCGGACGCUGCAUAACGGGCAAGAACGCACCCUCGCUGGAAAACCUCAAGAGUUGGCUCGAGGCUCAUCCCACCUUCGAGCUCGUCCCACCCGGAUCGGUUCAAGCGUCGAUCAUUAUCGCGAAACAGGCCGAAGUACGCAAGGCGCAGCUUGCAAAAGAGGCCGCCGAAAAGAAGGCCGCUGGCGGCGCAGGACCAGCUGGAACUACUACUGCACUUUCCACCACUACUUCCUCCCCCGGCACCGGUGCACAGUCGCCGAAGAUUCAAACUCAGCUGAAAUUAAACGAACAGAAAAAGUUGGUCAUAACGUCGCAGGCAUCGAGCGCGGGUUCAAAGGCGAUCGGAGCUACGAGCAGCGCAUCUUCGAAAAAUCCUGCCGGUCAAAAAACCCCGUUAACCGCGAUCGUGGCUUCAGCUUCCGGUGUAAAGACAAAUUCCACCGCCAACCGAACGUUGGGCAGUUCCGUGAAUCAACAGAAAGGCGGUAGUGGAGCCGUACAGUCGUCGCCUGCGACACCUGCGGCCAACGCCAGUAAGCAAAAGAAACAGACCACUUCGUCCUCGUCGUCGGCGGGAUCGGCGGAAUCGACCAAGCAGUCCCAGCAUACCAAACCGGGAACUACGCCGGCCGGUGAAAAUAUUCGCGUAACCGUUAAGAAAACAUUGAAGGAGCAUCUUAUGCAACGUACGACUGAACUGAAGGACGACAGCCCGAUAACCCGUUUGACCGAAGAAGAGAUUGACCAGUUCGUCAACAGUACGGAGCGGGAGCUUUUUGUUCUGUUUAACAAGGACACGGGCAUGAAGUACCGCGCGAAGUACCGCUCGCUCGUCUUCAACAUAAAGGAUCGCAAGAAUCUCUCUCUGUUUCAGAAGAUUUCGGAGAAAUCGAUUGAGCCAAAGCAGCUGGUCCGUAUGACGGCCGAAGAGCUUGCCAGCCAGGAGUUGGCGCAGUGGCGCGAAAACGAAACAAAGCACCAGUUGGAGAUGAUCAAGAAGUCGGAGCUCGAUUUGCUGGCUUGCGCCAAGAACUACGUCCUAAAGACGCACAAGGGCGAGGAGGUGAUUGAAGGGAAGACGGACGAUCGCAUCCAGCUGGAUCCAUCGACGGCCGUGGCGGACGUUGUAUCUCUGCUGAACAAUUCGGCCGUAAGCAGCACCAGUGAGCUGGACGAUUCUUCGUCCGGAAUGAAGGACAGCCUGUACCGAUCGAAGGAUUACGACUACGGAGGAGGGUAUGGAAAAUCGUACAGUGGAAUCUACAGUGGGUCGAUAAGUAGCAGCAGUUUUGCCGCGGUGGCGAGCGGUGGAAAUAAAUCGGAUAGCGGCGCCGGUGGGGGAUCUUCUUUGUCGGGUUCGGCGCGCAAGAAGGAAUCUCGCAGAAGUCGCAGCCGCAGCCGUAGUCGGGGCCACAAGCAUGAUCGCGAACGGUCACGGGAUCGCAGCAGAUCGAAGCACAAACGCAAGCGCAGUCGGGAGCGAAGUCACGAUCGGCACUCAAGUCGCGAUCGAGAUCGUGAACGGGAGCGGGACAGGGAGCGAGAUCGGGACCGUGAUCGCCAUCAUCGGGGAAGUGAGCGAAGCAAAGAGCGUUCGAAGCACGACCGAAAGGGUUCCCGGGAGAAGGACGGCUCGAAACGAUCGUCUACGAGGCCGAGCAGUCGCGGCGCGGACGGGACGGAUCUGUCUUCAAAAACCACUGCAGAAGGCUCCGAGCGCAAGGAAGAGAAAACCGACGGGCAGAGUAAGUCGUCCGUGGGUUCAUCGAAGAAGCGCACCGGAGAGACGUCCACCAAGGGAUCGGCGACGAUCGAUGUUCCCCUGACGUCCCCUACGGUUGUUAGUGCUGAUAAGCCGACGGAAGUGAAGGCGUCAACAAAAGAAACCCCAGAUAACGAGCAGUCCAGGGAUGAGGAAACGGCAUUGGUAAAAGAUCCUGGAGUGAAUGUGAUCACAACGGACGAUAAUAAUGCCACUGUGAGUGCUGCGGAGGGAUCCGAACCUAGUACAGAGACGAAGACGGAUCAGGAUCAGGAACCGAGCAGCACCGUUACGAUUCCGACUCCUCCACACUAUCCCUACGAAGGAGAACCCCCGAGCGAUGCGGGGAAUGCUGGUGCCGCCGCUGGCACGGAGAUCGACGAGCGAAUGGUGGAAGCGGAAAAGGACCACUGGAAGGGCAGCGUUCACAUGGUCGAUGUGGCGAGCGUAGAAAUGUCGAUCCGUUCGGUCAGUGGCGAGGUGCAUGACGUUACGAAAGAUUUUACCGAAGAUUUGAACAUUUGUGGUACGAUCAAGCCGGAAAUUGUGUGGGAGUACAUCGGGCAGAUCAAGAAGAGCCCCAACAAGGAGGUCUGUCUCGUGCGCUUCCAUUCGACGGAAACCGGUGCGUACUACACGUUGUACAGCCACCUGCACAGCCGCAAGCGGUACAGCGUGGUGAAGACGCCCUCGCCGGCGAUCAAGGAUUUCUACAUCUUCCCUCUGCCUGCGGAGCAGAUGAUACCGAUGAUUCUGAAACCGGUGCGGGGCAUUGGCAUCGUGGAAGGGGAUCGCAAGCCCAACCUGCUGCUGGGUAUACUGGUGAAGAUCAGAGGAGGAAAGCGCGGUGCGCCUUCCACUCCUGUCAGUACGCAGCCACAACUCAAAGUCGCUCGGCGUCAGUCCAAGCACAGUAUGAGUGCACUUGGGUCAUCCAAGAGCUCAGCUGGAGGCAGCUCAACCACAACAGACCCGCUCUUGCAACAGGUAAUUACGAAGUAUGCCACUAAGCAGCCGAUUGCAUCCGGGAAUAGUAUCGUGGGAAAAGAUGGAAACAUCGAAUUGCAUCCCGAAAAGGGUAAGAACCUGCCGCCAACGAAGGAGGGCGUAGAAUUGGGACUUGGAAGCAUGGAUAUGGACAUUGACAUGGAUAUUAUCAAAGCGCCAGUUGUAGGAAAAGUAAGCAAUAUUUCGUCGGUUCUGGCGAUGGUUGGUGAUGGCAAUAGCAAUAGCAGCAACACGAGUGCAACCGCCCACGCAUCAAUGACCGAAUCGAGCGCGAUGCUGAUCGACGAUGACGAAGAUGAACCGUACUCACCGGGCGGCGGCAGCGAUGAUAGCAAUUUUGCCGAUGUAACCGCAAUCGUGGACACGUCAAAGAUGGCAACGCGAGUCACCGGUGCGGAUCCAACGCUUGAUCCCGAAUCGGAACGGAUGCGCCUUGCCAUGGACGAGCUGAACCGGAAGAUCGCCGAACAGAAGAACGAGAUCGUUGGGCUAAUCAGUAUGGCCGAGCUCAAGGAGGAUGAAAUCAAUUCAGCCAUUCCACCGUCGUUGAUCCAGGAUAUUCCCAUCCCGUCGAAUCUGUCGGAGAUAUUGGCCAGUAUUAAAGGUAGCGCGAGCAGUAGUACCAGCAUUGGAAACGAACCGCUUGGCGCACCGUCGACCGUAGGAGGGAUGGGAAUGAUCGCGAAAGAAACACCCUCCACACUGCUGGUGCCCGACGUCGAGUCGGCUGCGGCCGUCGACGACGAGGAGUACAACCCGACAGCACCGUCAAUUUUUGCGAACUACAAGCCGGCUGCCAUUCCCUAUCCCGCCAUUCCCGUCGCCAACAGCCAGGGCGAUAUCGACGAGCGAAUCAUGCCAGCCGCGCUUCCCGUCGUGUCGCCCUUCGAUAUGGUUGCUCCACUCGCGGCGCAGGCGGGCAUCGUUCCCGGUCUGCCAGGAACGGCGCUAUCGGCCAGCGUAAGUGCGCCACCUCCCGUCGAUGGCGGCGGUGAAAGUCGCUUAGCUAAGCUGUCCGAAGAGGAGCUACUCAGCAUGGUACCGGAUGAUGCGAUGCUGCUCGAUUCGUCGUCGAAAGAUGCGUAGGAUCGUUUCCUUCCUGUCGAUCAAUUGAUGAGAACGUUGGUGAGUCUAGUAAUGCCUAGUAUAGAAGGUAGGGUAUCGGUUAAGGAGGAUGGUACAUUUAACAUUUACUGUGUAAGGAUUAUGAGAUUAGAGAGUAUCGGUAGAGAGCAGGAUUGCAUGAAAGCAUUAGAAGCAAAGCUAAAACAGGAAAUAUCGGGAACCAUUCUUCCUCCCUUCAAUCCUAUCUUUUCUAUCUCCAAGUUCCAGCUCCAUUCCUGUACAAUUGUUCUUCAAAAACUGACCUUUCCCCGAUUGCUUUGAUCAAUAACAAUAUUUUAAAAGCAUGCUCUAAAGUAAUAUAUUAAACGCGCAAAAGCAAAAAAAAACAUUAACCUCUACUCUAUAUAGACCUCCCGUACCAACGAAUGUGCGUUGUAUCUCGCAAUCGUUAUGUAUUAGUGA